GGAAAUAGAUGUGGAAUAACAUCAACAAAAAAACAUCCUUUUUCUUUUCUUUUAUUUUUCUAUUCUUUUGAGACUCUAAUUUGAACUGUUUUUUGUUUUCUUUUUAUUGCAUUUGGAUUCCCUGUCUUUAUAGUCAAAGAGGAUUUCAGAAAGAUGAUGAAGCACAGCUCAUCAUCCUCGAGCAUAUAUUCCUCCAUCCACCAGCCAGAAAUGUGUGUGUCGAGUAGGCCAGUACUUGUACCAUAAUUAGAUGCUCCUCGAAUGCAAUUUAUUCCUGUUCAACCAAGCAGCAUCUUGUCCUGCUGUUCCUAAUGGAUUCAAAGGAAGUUCCUGGACGAGCGAGUAGAGAAGGAAUUGUUGCGAAGCAGAGACUGAAGUGGACUCGACAGCUUCAUGAAAUGUUUGUCGUGGCGGUCUCUCAGCUUGGAGGAGCUGACAAAGCAACGCCGAAAGCUGUGAUGCGCAAAAUGGAAGUUCCUGGGCUCACACUGCACCACCUGAAGAGCCAUCUGCAGGUGAUUUGUAGCCCAAUUCAUCUUCUUCUUUCUUUUUUGUUUCCUAUACUUUUCUCAGAAGCUGAUGGAAAGAAUCCCUUAAUUCAGAAGUAUAGGUUAGCAAAAGAUCAAGAUUCAAAGAUGCUCCACCAACAAAACAAUUUAACAGAUGAGUUAGGAAGCCAUGAUCAGGAGAAUGGAGCUCAACCGGAGUGCGAAACUAUGCUAAGAAUGCAGAUGGAGAUGCGGAGCAAGCUCCAGCAACAGAUUGAGGUGCAGAGGCACUUGCAGCUCCGAAUCGAAGCUCAGGGAAAGUACUUGCAAUCAGUACUAAAGAAGGCACAGGAAACACUUGCAGGAUACAGUGAGAACAACACCACUGCACUCGAAGCUGCGAAAACAGAGCUCGCAGAGCUGGUCUCAGCUGUGGAAACAGGGACCCUGCGGUACCUUCACGGCGAGAGAUCCAACGAGAGUUGCCUGACUUGUGUAUCGAAUUUGAGUGGGGAAUCUGACGAACUCAAUUCCAAGAGCAUGAAAAGAAUGCGGAGGGAGUGGAACGAUGAGCUCUUUGCAGUGAAAAGAUGCAGUAGAAAUGCUGAUGGUGAAGACGAAGCUGAGCAGCACAGCAUGCAAGAGCUUGACCUCAAUCUAUAGCGAGAGCUCAGUUUCAAGCAAGGCGAAUGAAGCAAGUCUCUUGAUAGAGAGCUCAUGUGGAAUAACUACUAUGCAUUCUGCUAGUUAUUGCAUCUAUGCAGUUUUAUGAAAUUUAAAAGAA